CGUGAGAUGAUUAUCAAUCGUCGCUCCCUGUUCGGUCAUCGAACCUAGCCGUCACCACUCUAACUCGACAACAUUAUGGCGAGUGCUAGCAGUACGAGCGGUGCAGGCAUGGCACGUUCUGAUUCUAGCCGGAGCGGUCGUCACCACCAUCACCACCACCUUCCGCAACCACCACCGGCGCCUCAUGCCAGCACCGCCUUUGGCGACUGGGUCAACGAGGUGGACACUACCGCUCCUAUCUUGGCGGAUCGCAUCUACGGCGAUGACGGAAGCGACAGCGGAGACGAGCUGCCUCAAUCGGCGUCGUCAGCGCGAGACGCUGGUGGAGAUGCCGAUGCGCCUAUGAACGAACACCUCCGAUGGUCAAAGUCUCUACCGUGGUGGAGGCGGCCGCACGACUACUGGUUGAGGCCAUUUGCCUUUCUCCUCGCAAUGUGCGGCGGCAUGGUCAUGUCGCCCAAGAUCGACUUAUAUACGCAGUUGGCCUGCGAAGACAUCCUGCAUAUCGACGGCAGCUUUGGAUCUACAGAGCUUCGACAAAGACCACCACUGUCGCCGCUCUGCCUUGAAUCGCCCCAGGUUAUCGCCGAAGCGACCUCAUUGCAGCUCAAGCUCACCCUUGCUAUGGGCAUUCUCUCGGCCCUGACCACUGGUCUCUGGGGCGGCCUUUCCGAUCGUAAGGGCAGGACCACGGUUCUCCGCCUGGGCGUUGCUGGUCUAACACUCAAUGACCUCAUUGUUCUCGCCGUUGGUCUCGUCCCUGCCGCGUCCCUCGCUCCCUUUGGCGGUCCCAAGGGCCUGCUCAUCGUCGGCUCAGCCAUCGAGGGCUUACUCGGCGGAUUUGCCACCCUGACCGCUGGCCACCAAGCAUACAUUGCCGACGUGACACCCAACGGCACCCGCGCUCGCAUCUUUGCCUUUUUCACUGGCAUUGUCUUUGCCGGUCUGGCCGUCGGUCCGGCUCUCGGAGGUGUCUUGGCCAAGAAGACGGGCCUCAUGAGUCCCUUCUACUUUUGCUUGGGCGCCCACGUUCUGUACCUCAUCGUCACCAUGUUCAUUCUCCCAGAGAGCGUCAGCCCGGAACGCCUCGAAGAUGCGAAAAAGCAGCACAGGCGCGAUGUCGAGGAGCACACCUAUACCCUCCGGUCGACGUUGCUGGUCCCGUUGAAGCCGCUCGCAAUGCUUCUUCCCAAGCAAGUCAGCGCCCCCGAGCCUUUGUCCCCCGAUGACGAUGGCGAAGGCGAAGCGGCCGCUUCGCACAUCUCCGUCUCUCGCAAGCCCAAGACGUGGCAGUCGCUCGACGCCAAUUUGUUCAUCCUCUCUUUGGCCUACUUUGUCGAGGCUAGUUGCAUGGGUGUCUUGACUCCCAAGAUAUCCUACGCUAGGUAUGUUUUGGGUUGGGAUGUUGCCGAGCUGGCGUAUUUUCUUUCGUUUGCGAGUAUUACUCGGGUGGUGUGCCUUACGGUCAUUAUUCCGCUACUCGUGAGAUGGGCCCAACGGCCAGGAGAGGCGACCAAUGCUCUUGCGCUUCCCCAGGACGGUAGCAAGGAUGACACCGAACGAUCGCCGCUGCUUUCGCUAGACAGCCAAGGCCGGCCAACGACGUACAGCGACACCCAAGAGCAAGGCGAGCCUGGCCGAGAGGCACGUAUCGAGAAGCUGUGGACCUUGCGAGCGCGCCACCUUCGUCAGAUCCACGACAGCAAGUUUGACAAGCGUCUGGCGCUGCUAUCCAUCUCAUGGGACGCCCUCAUGUACCUCAUUUUGACGGUAACCCAUGGCAUGGGCCCUGUCCCCUUUGUGGCUGCCACGGGCCUGACAAGCCUUGGGGGCGCUGCACCGGCCGCCAUGAGCAGCUUGGCACUGGCACUCUUGCCGUCCGAGCACGAUGCGGGCAAGCUCUUUGGCGCAUGGAGCGUCGUCAACGCGAUCAGCACAAGCAUCGUUGGUCCCAUCGCCUUUGUCGAGGUUUUUAACCACACCGACGAUGGCGCCCCGCAGACGAUCUUUGCCAUGUGUAUGGCCCUCUUUAUCGUCUCGGCCGUAAUCAUUUCACUCGUCAAGGUCAGAAAGCCAAGCAGCUUGCCUGCGCUGCCCCCGAGGCCGGCACCACCGUCUGCCGACGGACGAACAGGAAGGAGAGAAGACGAAGACGAAGGUCCAGAGGCGAGCUCGAGAAGCAAGAUUCGCCUUAGACCCACUGUGCCCUGGCGCGAAGGGGAACGCUCUGUAAAUGCUGACGAUUCAUAGACUUGUACAUAUCUGCUUGCCUGCUCUGCCCAGAAACCGCUUUCAUCAUGACACACGCAAAGCAAUCUAUUGAUGACCUU